CACCUUUGUGGGCUGGUCGUGCAAACCUCGGCCACUCCCGACUCAUUAGCAAAUAAAUAUCGCGGGAGGAAAUUUUUUUUUGUUGCCUUGUCUGCAACAGUACAGAGAGGCUGCUACAUUACUAACAAGGAAAGACAUCACCUCUCUUCAUAACGCUUCUUGUAAUCUGACAUCAAAUGGAGACGACAGGCAGUUCUCUACAACAGGUGGAUCUGAGCAGUGAAGAUACAAUGUCAUUUAAAAUGGAUUUAGAGACCGCAUUGAAGGAAUGCUCCACUGCCCUUGAUCUUUUCCUGAACAACAGGUUUGCUGAUGCUCUGUCUCUCUUAAAACCCUGGAAGGAUGAGAGCAUGUACCACUCAAUGGGUUAUAGCAGCAUCUUGGUGAUGCAGGCAGGCAUGACCUUUGAACCGAAGGACAUGGAUGCUGCCAUGAAUUCACUGACAGAGUCUUUGCAGACAUGCCAAAGAUUUCGGAAGAAAACUGGAAUAAUGGAGACUUUAACCAACCUCUGGAACAGACAACCAGUUGAGAACCUGACAGAAGCAGAGGAGAUGCAUGCAGAGCUUUGCUACGCUGAAGUUCUCCUGCAGAAAGCGGCUCUCACGUUCCUGGACGAGAGUAUAAUCGGCUUCAUCAAAGGAGGGAUGAAAAUCCGCAACAGUUACCAGAUUUUCAAGGAUUGCCAGGCUUUGGCAAAUGUCACAAAAGACAUAGAAAAACAGAAGGGAACGCACAUUCACUUCAGAGGUGGCGUCAGCAUGGGCAUUGGAUCAUUUAAUCUGAUGCUGUCUCUGCUCCCAUCCAGAGUCCUCAGACUGAUGGAGUUCUUGGGCUUCUCAGGAGACAGGGAAAUGGGUUUGUCCGAGUUGAGAGAGGGAGCAGCCAGCAACAGCCUACGCUCUAUCCUGAGCACCCUGACUCUGCUCAUGUUUCAUCUCUACAUUACAGUGAUUCUGGGUACUGGUGAAGGAAACCUCGCUGAGGCUGAAGCUCUGCUGGAGCCCUACAUUGAUAAAUUCCCUAAUGGAGCUCUCAUUCUUUUCUACACUGCAAGAAUUGCUUUACUCAAAGGAAACUUCACAUUUGCCCAGGAGAAAUUCCUGGCAUGUAUUGCAGCACAGGAGGAGUGGCGUCAGAUUCACCACCUGUGUUCCUGGGAGCUGAUGUGGGCUUACUCCUUUGAACUAAACUGGAGAGAGGCGUAUCGAUACGCUGAUCUGCUAUGCAAAGAGAGCAAGUGGUCACAGGCUGUGUAUGUUUUCCAGAAAGCUGCCAUCUUGAGCAUGCUACCAGAGGAGGAAGUGUCUAAACUGGGAGAAAAUGUGGUGGAAUUAUUCAGGCAGGUGGAUGGUCUCAGACUGAGGAUUGCUGGGAAGUCGAUUCCAACAGAGAAGUUUGCAGCAAAGAAGGCGGUGCGAUACUUGUCUUCUGACCCCGUGAAACUUGUCGUCCCUGCUUUGGAAAUGAUGUACGUGUGGAACGGUUUCACAAUAGUUGGCAAAAGACCUGAGUUGACUGAAAGCAUCUUGGCCACAUUAGAGAAAGCAGAGGAUGAGCUCGGAGAGGAGAAAAACCCAUCAGAGUAUCACCAGGAUGACCAGUGUGUUGUCCAGCUGCUGAAGGGCCUGUGUCUAAGACAGUUGGGACGGCUGGUCCAGGCUGAGCUCUGCUUCAAUUAUGUCAUUUCCAGUGAAAACAAUAUCAAGCAUGACAACUACCUGGUGCCAUUUACCAUGUAUGAGCUGGGUCUAUUGCACAAGCAGAAAGGUGACACCAGCACAGCCAUCACUGUGAUAGAAAAGGCCAAGACGAACUACAAAGACUACAACAUGGAGUCGAGACUACACUUCCGCAUCCAUGCAGCACUCGAGACCAUGGGCUCCUUUCCAGCCAAACUUCCCCCUUCACGUACGCCGGCUUAAAAGACCCCAUGGCAGAAUUGUCCAGAUGGGCAUCUUGCUGUCAGCCCGUCAAUAAUGGUACUUUGGUAGUAUGGUAGAGCAGAGCUCUCUCAGUUGCAACCCUCUGUAGUUUUGUUUUAAAAUGUAUUUUUGAAUUUAAGCUAGAACAGUGAAGUAGACUCUGCUGGCAACCUGAUAUGAAUGACUGAAGAUGAUUAUAGGUGGCACUUGCGGGGUCAAAAAAAGGUUUUAAGUGAGUGUUGGGAAAGUUAAAAUCUUUUAAGUGUCCAAUAAUGUUAUACAGUUGGAGUUUAUUUAUUCAUGAGCUUAAGCCUGUUUCAAUAUUUAAAGAUGAUUUUAUAAACUAUAUGUCCAGGUACAAUUCAGCCUUGUUCUACAGAUAACAUCUUGUAAAUAACUGUUAGUAUUAUCCUUUUUCAGUGCAGUAUGAACCAAUCUGUUUUAGUUUGAAUAUGAAUAAAGCUUAUGAAUCAUGCUUAA